GUAUAAAAAGUGUGAGGCGAGCCGAGUGAAGCCGAGGUGUUUUUUUCUUUUCGUUUCUUUUCACGUUUUCCUAAAGCUAACAUCGAAAGAUGGUCCAACAAGGCAGCAAAAGUUGCCCAAAAGACGGUCGUCUGCUAAAAGCUGGACAUCCUCCCGCUGUGAAGGCUGGAGGCAAGCGAGUGGCAAAGAAAGGCUUGGAAGAGGCCAACAGCAACCAUGGGACUCCGGAGAAGGAAACCAAGAGGCCUGACAAACCCAGGGCUGUCUCCAGUGCCAACAGGAUGCAACAAGUGGGUCUUCUUCUGGCUGGAACUCUUGACAAGUUGAGCCACGACUUUCCUGAGACGCCCGUGAGUGUGCGGCACAGCAGAGUGCAACCUGCUGUGGAGAAGCUCCACUCUCCUCGGACCUUCUGCAUCCAGCAGCCCAGGAAGUUCUGAAGGAUGACGCCUUGACAUAUUGUAGUGUGCUUGUCUUCAACCGUUUAUACUUUUGAGGAAAAAAUCUAUUCUCUUGAAAUACUAAAAAUAGCUUUUGUGCUGUGCUCUACUUUUUUUUUCUUUAAUUGCUGUUUUAUGUUUUUGUCUGUCAACUGAGAUUUUGAUGUUUCAAAUGUUGAAUCUUUUCUUCUAGUUCAACAUCUUUAUACUGCUUGGUGUGCUACAUGUUUAGUAAUAAAAAAAAAUGAUUCUGA